AUUCAUCUAUACCCGUAUCCCGUAUUGUCUAUGACCUGUAACAUUUAUCUAUGGUCGCGUCGACGUUUUGUUUAUGUCAAAAUGCGACGCGGAAUUAUUUAUAACCUUGUCGCAUGAUUGUGUUUGUUAAAGUUUGUUAAAUAAAAUGGGUAAAAAUAUAUAUUUAUUCUAAGACAUGUGAUGAUGUGAAAGUUGUAAGUUUUUCAUUGUUGUCAAUAAAUGUGCGUCGCCACAGCAACAUGGAGGCCAAGAAAAUAUCAUUUGGUUUUAUGAAAACUAAAAAAGUUGAAAAGCCAAUUACACCGAUUGUAAAUGAGGAUAAAAGAGAAUAUAUAGAAUGCGUGGAAGAAAAAUCGAUUAAAGUCAUUGGAGGAGAAACAGCGACAGAAGACUUACCUCUAGUAAUUCCUAUGAAGCCAAACACACUUAUCACAGCAGAAAAACUAAAAAAAAUAGCAGAGGAAGUGGAGAGUGCUGUGCAAGAGCCGGAAAUAAAAGAAGAACCAGUUGAAAAAGAGAAUGUUGUUGAUAAUGAGGCGCUUACCUUGGAACAGAUGGCUGUCAGGGAGCUGAUGCAGGAAGCUAAAAAAGAAAUAAAAGUAGAAGUUCCUGAUAACUUGGCUAUACCUACUCCUGCUAAACCUGUUUUGGAUGGAGAGAAAGAGUCCACCUUGGAUGACUAUGAAUCAGUGCCAAUUCAACAGUUUGGGAUGGCAAUGCUAAGAGGAAUGGGUUGGACGCCAAGCAAAGAUGGGUCCAAAUACAAACAACCUGAACUCCGUCCAAAAGGUCUUGGCUUAGGAGCUGAUAAAGUGAUCAAAGACAAUCAGAAAAAACAGACCAAGGAUAAGAAAGAAGAAGAAUUAGUUAUUGUUAAGAACUCCUUUGUUAAAAUUACUACCGGAAAGUAUAGUGGAUAUUAUGGCAAGGUGGUUAGCCUAGAUGAGGACAAUGGUAGAGUGAUGGUGGAAAUAACAGUAAAGAAAGAAACAGUAAGCCUCAGUGAAUUCAUGAUGCAAGCUGUCACUAAAUCCGAAUAUGAUCGAGAAUCCAAAGUUAUAAACGCAGAUUCGUACGAAGAAUACAAAAAGACAGAAAAAAUAUCGCAAAAACCAUUGAAACAGGAGGAAAGGAGUUCAACCAGCCAGAGAAGUAAUGAAAUGAACAGAGAAAUGAAUAUGAAAAAUGACAGACAAACUAGCAACGAUGGCUAUAGAAGGGACAGAGAAGAAAAGUCGUCAAACGGCAGAAGUAAAGAUAAGAUCAGGGAAAGAAGAGACUCUUCUAGCAGUGAAGAUAGGUCAAGGCGUAAGCAGAAAAAAGACAGAAGGCGAUACAGUAGUAAUGAUUCAUUGAGCUCUUCCGAAGAUGAGAAAAGAAGAAGCAAACAUAAGUCUAAAAGCAGAAGGCAUAGAAGUAGUUCAGAAGACUCGCCCAAGAGAAGUUCAGAAGUAAAACGAGAUAUUGACAAAAAACGGAAAGGGAAGAAAAAGAAGAGAGACAGAGAUCGGUCCCCCAAUUAUAAAAAACAUAGAAAGUAAUAAAGUGUAAAUACUUUUUUAA